GUAACUAUCGGCCGACGCAUUGGUCUUUACAGAUUUUGCGGCGACAUUGGGCGUGGCAAUUUUUCCAAAGUCAAAUUAGCUGUUCACCAGUUAACCCGAGACAAAGUGGCUAUCAAAGUAGUUGACCGUGGAGGCUUGGAUGCGAAAGCUCUGCGUAUGCUGUCCAGUGAAAUUGCAACACUCGAAUGUGUGCAUCAUCCCAAUAUUUUAAGACUCUUCGAAGUGGUGGAAACGCUGGGACGUGUGUAUCUGGUCACAGAGUGGAUACGCGGAGGCGAACUCUACAAUCACAUCACCCAGGGUGGUCCGCUGCGGGAGAUACACGCUGCGCCUUUGUACAAGCAGCUGUUGUUAGCCGUAAAACACAUGCAUAGCUUGGGCUUUGUACAUCGCGAUAUUAAGGCUGAAAAUGUGCUACUGCUGUCAGAGGAUCGCUUGAAGUUGGCCGAUUUUGGCUUUAGCACACAACUUAUCAAUGGUGAGUUACAAUGGUAUGGCG